ACACUUCAUUCUUUAUUUUACGGGCUUCGUAAUUUAGAGUAUCUGGAUUUAUCUGAAAACAAUCUCGAUGUUUCUUCAUUCGACACUACAACUUUUCAUAUCUUGGAAAAACUUAAAUAUUUAAACAUUCAACGAAAUCAUUUCCACUUGACGAAACUAUAUCCGCAAUAUGCAUUUGCUCACAUGUCACAACUGGAGACUCUUAUUAUAGAUAUUUUUGAAGGAUUCCGAUUCGGAAGUGGAUUUUUGAAUUUAACCAAACUGCAUAGAAUAGAAUUUAAUUAUGUUAGUGAAGAACGGGUGUCAUUUCGAAAUUCAUCUUUUCUCGGACUUAAGAACUCAAAUAUCUCGUGUUUAGAUAUCUCUGUGCGGAUGAAAAAAAUUGAGAUCGAUUGCUUGUCUCCGUUUAACAGACUAACAUCGCUUAGUUUGAGUUCAGAACAAACCAUACCAAUAAACGUUCUUCUGAGAGCACUUUAUGGAUUGCGGGGAAGAACAAUGGAAUCAGUGACACUGCAUACAAACGAUGUUUUAUUUAACGGAAUGAUCCAUUUGACGGACUCGGAUUUUUCCUACCUGUGUACUAUCUGUAUAAAAAAGCUUAAUUUAACUCGAAAUUCUAUAGGAACAAUACCAGUGUCGUCGAUUGUGUCGUGGACUAAAAGACCGUGCCUGGAGAUGUUAGACUUAUCAAGAAACAUAUUUUAUUCUCCUGUAAUUUUAGUACUUAUUAAUUUAUUUCCAUCUAUUAGGUAUGUGGAUCUAUCAUACAUGGGUGAGAGACCGAUGAGGAAACGUGACAUUCCGUUUAAUCGACAAACUGUCUUUUUCAUACCAAGAAAUCUUCGUUAUCUUAACGUGACGCAUUGUCCCAUAGACGGAGCUCUGAUGAAUUUUUCAAUAUCAACUGAAAAUAAUCUACAUGUUCUCGACCUAAGUAACCCUACCCGAACUCCGCGGUGUUCCUACGGAUUCUUCACAGGGUUGAUACACCUCACGGAAUUGGACAUAUCAGGCUUUGAAUGUUCAACGCCAUAUCUUGAACCACUCACAGAAAUGCAUAACUUGACACGUUUUGGGGCCAGUCACUGUAGCCUUGGUGACAGUUUUACUGCAAAUACUACUUUAUUCAAAGGAUUGUACAAUUUGACAUCUGUUGAUAUUUCGUCAAAUAAUAUAAAGACACUUAACAUUCAGUUAUUUGAGGAUCAAAAGGAUUCCCUUCAUACCCUAGUCCUAGCCCAGAAUAACAUGGAAAGACUUCCGACUGGAUUACUUCAAAGCCUCAGUGUGUUGGAAAUACUUGACAUGAGCAAAAAUCUCAUAACCACACUGACAAUAUCAGAAUAUGUUGCUCUUAAUGAAAUGCAAAUGAGAACAGAACAGUUCAGGAUUAAUCUUUCCGGAAAUCGUCUAGUUUGCAGCUGUGACAAUGUGGAUUUCAUUUCGUGGAUAGAAACUACACGGGCUAUUUAUAACAAGGAGGAACUUGUUUGUUCGGUUCCAGGAGGAACGCAAAUGAGGAUUGAAGAAUUCCUUGAAACGUUUGAUCAAUUUCAGGAAAAUUGUGUCUCCCAAUUCUGGUUGAUCGUCUCCGUUACACUUUGUGUUCUUUUGAUUGUGUUAGGUAUUGCAUCUCGGGAAUCAUGGCGGCGCAGUGUUUGGCUGCGAGUCAGGUGCCGAGAGCCAUCUGCAUAUGAUAAAUAUCCUUACGACAUUUUUAUAUCUUACAGUGACGAAGAUUCUGGCUGGGUAGCAAACACAUUUGCCCAAUGGCUAAAUGAAAACGGAAUCCAAUACUGCUUAGAUGAAAAGAGCUUUAUUCCAGGGCGUGACAUAGCUGAUAACAUUAUGGACGCCAUAGAUAGUUCGCGUCGAACUGUUUUCGUUGUAAGCAGUUCAUAUUUUGAACGUGAGUGGACGAUGUUUACGAUGAAAUUAGCCAGUGUUUAUUCAUUUCGCGUAGGUCGAGAGAACAUGAAUAUUGUGAUUUUGUUAAACGAUAUCAAACGGAGUGAAUUUCCAAAGCUCAUGCGUAAGAACUGGGAUGUCAUUCGUCCUUUAAAUUUGCCAAAGGAAAGUAGGAAAGAUCGAGAAAGAAACAUCACUGCACAGCAGGUGUUUUGGAAAAGAUUGUUAAAACGCAUUCAGUCAUAGGUAUUAGCCUCGUCUGUCAAUACAUUAAAUAUAUGAUCUUGUCUCAUCAUAUCAAACUAUUGUGUAUUAUAUUACUUAUAUUAUGAGAUACCGAUUGAACCAUCCCAAGAUAGAUCUUCGGACGAUUUUAGUUCUU